AUGGCCUCAUGUCCACCCAAGCUGGUGUCGGAACCAGCCCGUGAGAGGGAAUCGUACAAAUAUGGAGCGUCUUUGCUGAACGAUAUCACGGACUCACCGAGCGAAGGCGCCUCUCAAUCAUCCGGCCAAAAUACUCCCUCGGGAAACGAAAACCAAAACGACGACAUUACCGAACAAGAAGUAGCAUCCAGAGACACUGUACUAGCCUCACUUGCGCAACUAGGCCUCUGGAGAACAGGCACCGACCGUGCUUUGAUUUCUCUUUUCGAUCGUAAUUACCAGUACGUCGUCGCCGAGACGACACAACGAUCUUCCCUCGCGCCAGGUUCAAUGCGACCCGAUAAUGACAAUGGGGAGUUUUGGUUGUAUCCCGGAACAUUUCCACGCCAGCUUUCGGUCUGCGAUCGGGCUCUUAUGGCGGAAACAAAGUGUCCUUCGACCGUCGACAAUGAGUUGCCCCUCACUUUAAUACCAGAUCUUGCAACGGAUGUCCGACUCUCUAAGAUUCCACAUCCGUUAUCGGAAUGCCCUGCUAGGUUCUACGCUGCAGUGCCAAUACGAUCACCUGCCGGCGUCGACAUUGGUGUCUAUUGUGUGGUAGACCCCGAACCAAGAGAAGCUGAAACCUGGAGUCCUAAAGACACACAGGCUUUACGAGAAAUCUCCUCCAAUAUCAUGCAUUACUUACGGUCCAAAAGUGUUGGGGACGCUUAUCGUAGGAGUGUACGAAUGACCAGAGGGAUCGGUUCUUUUGUCGAGAGGGAAUCAACCAUGGCGGGUUGGAAGGCUGGUACUAGCUCCCCAGCCUUCCAUGAUGAUGCAACUAGGGAAGGCGCCCUGAAUUCCGAACAGCAGGCACUGCAGCGGUUCCGAGAUCUGAGCCUUGAAAAUGCAUCGUCUGUCAACACGCAAACGCAUCCCAACACUACAGCAGAGACGAUUGCAGUGAGUUCUCACUAUGCUGGGCAAGCAAAAUCGUCCAGUGCUUCGUCGCCGAGCAAGCCUACCAAAAAGUCUGACGCCAAUGCUAAGGAAAAUGCCGUGGCCAACAUAUUCUCUCGGGCUGCUAACCUUAUACGCGAAGGGAUAGAGAUUGAGGGUGUACUCUUCCUAGACGCCAAUUUUGAUGCGUCAGUAAUGGAGUCGACGCUUCAACAGAGUGAGAACAAUUCUACGCCAGGAUCUUCAUCUAGUAGUGAUGAGGAUAUGUCUGAAGGUUUUGGUUAUGAUAAGGGUCCCUGCUGCGGUAUUAUUGGUUUCGCUACCUCCACUUCUUCGAGCAUCAACUUGGACCCAGGCUCUGACCUCCAUGCCGCUAUGCCAUCAAAAUUACUUGCGGCAUUGUUGCGUCGUUAUCCUGCUGGGAAAAUAUUCAAUUUCGAUGAGAAUGGUGGACUGUUAUCAAGUGGUUCGUCAGAAGAAGACUUUUGUCCCUCGGUUUGCAGAAAUGAUCCUAUGGAGGGCUCUGCCACGGCUACUCCCAGCAAAAAGCAGCGCCCUUGGUCGCGAGCUUCUGAAGGACUUUCAUUAUACAAGGUCUUCCCUGGGGCCCGGAGCGUGUCUUUCGUGCCAGUUUGGGACCCUAAGCGAGAUCGUUGGCUGGCAGGAGGGUUUGUCUAUACUCAGACGCCUACAAGGUCUUUUACUAUCGAGGGUGAGCUGAGUUACCUAAGAGCUUUUGGUAUGCUGGCCACGUCAGAAGCUCAGCGACUCGAAACUCUGCUUGUAAACAAGGCGCAGUCUGACGUGCUUGGCUCCCUUUCUCACGAACUGCGGACGCCUCUUCACGGAAUCAUGUUGGCAGCCGAGCUGCUUUCUGAUACUCAGCUGGAUGUUUUCCAAGGAAACCUGCUACGUACUCUUGAGACUUGCGGUCGAACACUUUCGGAGACUAUCGAUCAUCUCUUAUACUUUUCCAAAGUGAACCAGGUUGCAGUCCACCGAAAGAGGGAGCGUCGAACACGGAAAAAGCCUAUCAUCGUUGAUCCUUCUGUGACUAUUGCUGCUGGUGUUGAAACGUCUGAAGUUAGGCUCGAUGCUCUGGUGGAGGAAGUUAUGGACAGUGUUUUUGCCGGCCAUGUCUUCAAGCGCAACGAAGCUGACAAAGUAUGGCAAACCAGCAGUCAAGGCGGGAGGCUAAACAUCACAGAUGAUCUGCAAUCUCCUGGCUCCAAAGAGAUGGCAGCUGGUUGCACAGAAGACACGAUGAAGUUUGAAGUACCACUCGGGCAUGAAAACCAGGUGGCAGUCUUCCUCGAUAUCGACCCAUAUGUUCCAUACCUCUUUAAUGUUGCAGCUGGAGCAUUGAGACGUGUGGUGAUGAAUCUUUUUGGGAAUGCACUGAAGUACACGCAAAACGGCACAAUCACGAUUUCGCUCUCUCAGAAGCUUCUUCACCCCAACCAGCCCAGUAACAACAGAUGUCUGGUUAGUAUCGCGGUCAAAGAUACGGGCCAAGGAAUCGCUCCAGACUUUCUUCGCAACGACCUUUUCAAACCGUUUUCCCAGGAAAACCAUCUCUCAAACGGCACCGGACUGGGGUUGAGUCUGGUCAAAAAGAUCGUGGCAUCAAUGGGCGGUAAGAUCUCGAUCGAGAGCGAAGUCAACAAGGGAACUACAGCAACAGUAACAUUGCCACUUUCUCGAACGGACGGCUCAGAGGAUACUCAGAAGGGAGAAGACCGGAACGAGGUCGAUAAAGAGGCAAAGCGCUUGAAAGGACUGCGCGUACGGCUAGUUGGUUUCCCUUCUGAUGAGGAUAUCAAAUCUCAUACUAGGCAAGGCAUUCCUAUGUCUGCUAUGAAGACAAUGUGCCAUCGAUGGUUAAAGAUGGACAUUGUAUCUGAAGAUUCAUACCGGCACAUAGCACCAGACUUGGUGCUCUGCAAUGAGAUGGCAAUGACAGAUCCAGUCUUAAGUAGCGCAGAGCUUAUUAGAUCUCCUGUGGUUGUGGUGUGCGCCAAUGCCAUUACAGCACAUCGACGAUCUUCUGAGAAUAAAACAUCCGAGGACCAGCGAGUCUACGAGUUUGUUUCUCAACCUAUUGGGCCCCACAAGCUUGCUAGAAUCCUCCAUAUAGCAUUCCGUCGAUGGGGAGAUCUGCAGGCGUUGUCUCCAGCGGCACUUACAAAGGCAGAUGAUGAUGAUCACUCGCACCUUACAUCUGAUGGCGCGAAAAGGCAUUCGACCGGAGGCAAUCUUGGAGUCGAUGUCCCAGACGAUAAACCGACGCCACCGUAUCUAGGAAUGGAGCCCCAGAGACGUCCUAGACCCCCACCGCGCGCGCCUUCAACACGUGUUCCACUAGAUACACAACAGCAAACAUCACAUUCGAGUAGCGAACCCAAGAGCUUCUUACUCGUUGAUGAUAACCCCAUUAACAUAUCGGUUUUGUGCGCCUACAUGAAGAAGCUCAAGAGCAAGUACGCCACAGCAUCGGAUGGCCUCGAAGCUGUAGAGAGAUUCCAAGAGAAUCCGGAUUUGUUCAGCUGUAUUCUGAUGGACAUCAGCAUGCCACGAAUGGACGGGAUCGAGGCCACGAAACAGAUAAGAGCCUUUGAGAAGAAGGAAGAGCGGGAACCGGUACUCAUCCUUGCCUUGACAGGCCUGGCAUCGGCGAGUGCCCAGCAGGACGCUUAUGCAAGUGGUGUAGACGUCUUUAUGUCCAAGCCUGUAAAGCUCAAGGAGUUGAGCACCAUACUAAGAGAGUGGAGUUUGGCGUAG